GGCCGAGACACCGCCGCGGAACCGAGGCGGAACCGCCGUCCGUGUCCCCAGCGGUCCCGCCCAGUGCUGGACAGGGCCUGCCAGGUGUUAUCAUUAAGACUGGGAGUUGGACUUGUAUCUUUUCCCAUAGAGAGCUUCAUAUCCAUGAAAGAGGUCAGCAUGGAUUCCUGGUUCAUUCUUGUUUUGCUUGGUAGUGGUCUGAUACAUGUCAGUGCCAACAGUACUACCACAGUUUCACCCUCCUUAGGAUCAAUUAAAGCACCAACAACAGAAUCGGUUAGAGAAGAGAACAAAACUUCAAACCCAGCCUCUUCAGUAACUUCUCUUUCUGCGGCACCAACAUUCAGCCCAAAUUCAACUCUGGGACCCACCUAUGUAACCACUGUCAAUUAUUCAUACUCGGACAAUGGGACCAUCAGAACAAUAAGCACUAAUUCUGUAAGCACUGCCAUCUUUCCAAACGGGACAUGGCUUCCAGACAACCAGUCCACAGUCACCAGAACACAGCCCUGGCAGGGGAUUUCCAGCACUGCAGCAACCACUCCAAAAAACUUUACUUCCUCAGGUAAUUCUGACUCGAAGGACAGAAGAGAUGAGACUUCAAUUAUUGCAGUGAUAGUAGCCCUGUCCUCUCUGCUCGUGAUUGUGUGUAUCAUCAUACUUCUGUACAUGUUAAGGUUUAAGAAAUACAAGCAAGCUGGGAGCCAUUCCAAUUCUUUCCGCUUAUCGAACGGCCGCACUGAGGAUGUGGAGCCCCAGAGUGUGCCACUUCUGGCCAGGUCCCCAAGCACCAACAGAAAGUACCCACCACUGCCUGUGGACAAGCUGGAAGAGGAGAUUAACCGGAGAAUGGCUGAUGACAAUAAGCUCUUCAGAGAAGAAUUCAAUGCUCUCCCUGCUUGUCCUAUCCAGGCCACCUGUGAGGCUGCCUCUAAGGAGGAAAACAAGGAAAAAAAUCGAUACGUAAACAUCUUGCCUUAUGACCACUCUAGAGUACACCUGACACCUGUUGAAGGGGUUCCAGAUUCUGAUUACAUCAAUGCUUCAUUCAUUAAUGGCUACCAAGAAAAGAACAAAUUUAUUGCCGCACAAGGACCAAAAGAAGAAACAGUGAAUGAUUUCUGGAGGAUGAUCUGGGAACAAAACACAGCCACCAUCGUCAUGGUUACCAACCUGAAGGAGAGGAAGGAGUGUAAGUGCGCCCAGUACUGGCCAGACCAAGGCUGCUGGACCUAUGGGAAUAUCCGUGUGUCCGUAGAGGAUGUGACCGUCCUGGUGGACUACACAGUACGAAAGUUCUGUAUACAGCAGGUGGGUGAUGUGACCAACAGAAAACCACAGCGCCUCAUCACUCAGUUUCACUUUACCAGCUGGCCAGACUUUGGAGUCCCUUUCACCCCAAUUGGCAUGCUCAAGUUCCUCAAGAAGGUGAAGGCCUGUAACCCUCAAUAUGCAGGAGCCAUCGUGGUCCACUGCAGUGCAGGUGUCGGGCGCACAGGUACCUUUGUCGUCAUUGAUGCCAUGCUGGACAUGAUGCACACAGAACGGAAGGUGGAUGUGUAUGGCUUUGUGAGCCGCAUCCGAGCCCAGCGCUGCCAGAUGGUGCAAACAGACAUGCAGUAUGUCUUUAUAUACCAAGCCCUUCUGGAGCAUUAUCUCUAUGGGGAUACAGAACUGGAAGUGACCUCUCUAGAAACCCAUCUGCAAAAAAUUUACAACAAAAUCCCAGGGACCAGCAAUAAUGGAUUAGAGGAGGAAUUUAAGAAGUUAACGUCAAUCAAAAUCCAGAAUGACAAGAUGCGGACUGGAAACCUUCCAGCCAACAUGAAGAAGAACCGGGUAUUACAGAUCAUUCCAUAUGAAUUCAACAGAGUGAUCAUUCCAGUUAAACGAGGCGAGGAGAACACAGACUACGUGAAUGCAUCCUUCAUUGAUGGUUACCGGCAGAAGGACUCCUACAUCGCUAGCCAGGGCCCUCUUCUCCACACAAUUGAGGACUUCUGGCGAAUGAUCUGGGAGUGGAAAUCCUGUUCCAUUGUGAUGCUAACAGAACUGGAGGAGAGAGGGCAGGAGAAGUGCGCCCAGUACUGGCCGUCGGAUGGUGUGGUGUCCUAUGGAGACAUCACAGUAGAGCUGAAGAAAGAGGAGGAAUGUGAGAGCUACACCGUCCGAGACCUCCUGGUCACCAACACUAGAGAGAACAAGAGCCGGCAGAUCCGACAGUUCCACUUCCACGGCUGGCCUGAAGUGGGCAUCCCCAGUGAUGGGAAGGGCAUGAUCAGCAUCAUCGCAGCCGUGCAGAAGCAGCAGCAGCAGUCUGGGAACCACCCCAUCACUGUGCACUGCAGUGCUGGGGCAGGACGGACCGGGACCUUCUGUGCUCUGAGCACAGUCCUAGAGCGUGUGAAGGCAGAGGGGAUCUUGGAUGUCUUCCAGACUGUCAAGAGUCUGCGGCUACAGAGGCCACACAUGGUCCAGACACUGGAACAGUAUGAGUUCUGCUACAAAGUGGUGCAAGAGUACAUUGACGCCUUCUCAGACUAUGCCAACUUCAAGUGACAGGCGACAAGCCCCAUGGACAGGAGAAUUGCCUUUAAUAUUUUGUAAUAUUCUGUUUUGUUAAUAUACCCAAAAUUGUGUAUAUAUCUUAUAACUGUUUUAGAAAUUGGUACAUAGGCUUCUAUUACCUAUUAGGUGGAGAUUUUAUAUGUAAAUGUGUUAGCACUGAUAGUCCUUUUUCCAAUGUUUUAUUGGGGAAUUAAAUAGUGUGAUGUUUGGAUUGAUAUCGUGAAGUCCUCGGCCUAGGAAUUGGGCUGAAUUGUUCUUUGGUUUAAACAUCUUUUCCUAAAGAUAAACACAAAACCCAUUCCAGAUAGCUCGGUACCAACUAAGGAAAAAAGCACAAAAGUUCUCAGAGCUCCCGAGGAAAUGGCUGUCCCAGUAUCCCCAUGCAGGCCUCUGUUUCCUCCCUGCACUGUAAAUAUCCCUCCCCUUCGCUGGCCCAUCCACUUCUCCUACUGCCUGCAUCCCAGCAGCCCCCCGUGGGGAGUAAUGGGACCAGAGCGGUAUCUCUGGCACCACACUAGGGAUUAUCAGAUAAUAAAGUUUUGACUCCCUGAGGAAA